AUGGCGCGCAGCAGGUUCGUCAGCCUGCAGACGCUCAUCGAACAGGGGAUCCUGGCGCCGGGGCCCGCGAAGCUGAGCUGCUCGGUGGCGGGGAAGGGCUACGAGGCCGAUUUGGGAGACAACGGCGACAUCCUUUUCGAGGGCUGCACCUUCACCAGCCCCAGCGCGUUCUCGCUCUAUGUAAAGCGGAAGGCGAACCCCGUGAAGAGGUCCGAUGACGGGUGGUCCAGCGUGGCGUACGAGGGCACGCUCCUGUGCGCGUUCCGCCAGGAGUACGCCAAGAGGGACGGGGCGGAGGAGCUGGAGAAGAGGAAGAACAAGAGGACGAAGAGGAACGGUGUGAGGAAGCGGUCUGCCACAGCGGCAGAUGCAAGCUGGAUGUUCACUACGACAGCAACACACUCUUCAGUGUCAUACUCGAACGACCUGGAGCUGUGCUCACCAUCGUCACCUGUUCUGUCUCAACCGUCACGGAACCCAGUGGACAGGAGCAGUGACAACACAGCAGGGGGCCGGCUUGGCGUCCGUGGCCUGCUUCCAUUUGCCACUCUGAAUCUGCCCCCGGUGGAGCCUACGCACAGGUGGCUGGAGUGCCAGUCUUGUGGCAAAUGGCGCCGGAUGCCCUUGCAUGACUUGAAAUCGGAGGACGAAUCACAAUUUGUCUGUGAGAAGAACAGCGACCUCCGGUUCCAAUCGUGCCUUGCAGCCCAAGAGUUCCCAGACGCUGUCAUUGCUCAGCUCCUGUACCAUGAAGCCGUCCAGGAUUUCAUGUCCAACACAUCGAGGCCAUCCUUGUCGGAGUGCCAAGGCCCGGAGUUCUAUGAAGACCUUGCAGACUUCCUGCAGCACGUCCUCCGGCAAGACGAGAGGGCCCAGCACGUCCGAGAAAGGGCAAUCCCCAUGGACCUGUUCUCAUUGUACAAGGCUGUCGUCGAAUGCGGUGGCAUGGCUAGCCACCAGGCAAAGGACCGCCAUGGGUGGAUUUUGCUUCGACAACUCGCCAAGGGCGGGCCCCUGCAGCUCUCAGUGCCAACGACCUGUACAGCCAGGGUGUACCACCAAUACCUGGUGGGAUACGAACGGGCAUGGGCAACGAGAGACUGUCGGUUUGAAUCUGCAUCACCGCCGAUGGUGCUGGAGGGGGAUGUGUGA